UCAGUGAGGUUAUUUUACUUACUAAAAAUAAACAAAACAUUCUAUUUUGAAUAUUUGUGAGCAAAUUCACUUAAUAUAAGUUACAUUUAUCCGAACUGUAAUUAUAAAAUUAUAAUUGUGGCGUCCAAUAAUUAUCCUAAGAGGAUGUUAGAUGGGUGGUACUGCCGUUCAAUGGCGAACAUGCAGGCAAGCGAAGGGGCCAGUGGUAGCAAUAGUGCCUCAGAACCGACACGAACACACGACUCGCAGAAGGGAUACUCCAGUGACAGCAGUAGUGAACCUGAAGCGGAACCAAACUAUAGUGCUCAAUAUUUGGCAUUAAAAAAGAAACUCAAGUAUCUUAUUUAUGAGAAUGAAUGUUUUCAAGAUGCUUUAAGAAAUAGUCAGAAGAGGUUAUUAAAGGUUUCUCGGGACCGUAGUUUUUUGUUGGAUAGACUAUUGCAAUAUGAAAAACCAGAAAGCACAACUUCAGAAAGUGAAGAUACAGAAUCUUCAGAUGAUACUGAUCACAUACAAAUGGAAAUAAGUAAAAGAAAGAAAAUGGAAGUUGGUGGAGUUCAACAAAAUGCAUCGAAUAAUUCAGCACCAACCAAGAUCACAAAUGCUGCAAAAAGAAAAAGAGCAGUACCGGCAAGGAAACCAGCUAACACCAAUCAUACACAACAAAGCAGUGUCGCAAUGUUGAACAAGGUUUCUCCUGCCCUUGGUUUCGGGCUGUCACCAGGUGACGGGCACAUGACACCGGAAGAAGUGGAACGACAUCUACAGUCGCGACAAUCCUAUUUGGAACUCCUGCCAGAACGUGCACCGCCUACUGUACCCACCGAGAUGUUCAGUAAUGAUCCAUCUUUAGAUAGUGAAUCAAACGACGUAUUAGAAAAUUCGCCUAACGUAGAAGAAUGGUUCGAUUAAUUACGUGUGAAGAUAUAAAUUGGUGGUUUUGCAGGGUUGUGAAUUUUAAUUAAUACAAAAGAUCCUGGUCUAAAUUAUAAAAAUAGCAUACUUACAUCCAAAUAAAUUUUAUA